CCAAGCACCAAAACCCGUCAUCUUCCAAGCAUCAUAUCUGAGGUCUACAACUUUCGAAUCGCAGUUGAGGGGUUGAGAAUUGCUUUAAACAAUGCUGGUCGGCUACCCAUUAACAAAAUAGGAAAUCCCAAAUCAGUAAAGGUGGAGUUUUCAGAGCUUCCAAUAGAGGAUAAGUCACAUGUGCUCUUUGCACAGACUCUUCAAAGCCAAACUAAGAAGUUCAAGACUAUAGUGGCAGUAGUGGAUGCUAGUAGCUUAGCAGGUCCUAGGAAACACUGGAACACUCCUGUUCCUCCAGAUGUCAAGGAUUUGGUUGAACAAAUUGUCAUGAAUUGUGAAAAUGAUGAUGAACAUUCAAAUCAUACAAACAAGAAACGGUUAUUGACUGGUAAACCUGUGGUGGCAGUUGGGGCGGGUGCAACAGCAGUUUUAGGAGCUUCAUCUCUCUUUAAAGUCGUUCCUGCAUCAACAGUGAUGAAGGUUUUAACAUUUAAAAUUCCUGCUUAUCUUAAAUUUUUUUUGAGCCAAACUCAGAAGGCAGUGGCACUGCCCCUUAGCAAGAUUCUUGCUUCAUCAAAAGCUGUAGCUCCAGGUGUUGCAAGUCAAGGGGCAAAAACAUCCAUCUUGAAGUCAACUGCUUCUGCUGAGAAGAUCCGGGUAUUAAGCCACAGUGUUAUAGCCUCUGUGGAGAAGACCAGUUUUUCAGCGAUGAGAACAGCAUUCUAUGAAAUAAUGAGGAAACGACAGGUACGACCAAUUGGUUUCCUACCAUGGGCCACAUUUGGGUGUAGUGUAGCAACUUGCACAGGCUUGCUUGCUUUUGGAGAUGGGAUUGAAUGUGCUGUUGAAUCUCUUCCUGCUGCUCCAUCAAUUGCCAGUUUGGGACGUGGGAUUCAAAGUUUACUUCAGGCAUCCAAGUCAGUGACUCAGACAGAUGGCACCAGAAUAUAGAAAUCUAUGGAAGCCCUAACGUAGUGAUUGAAGGAAGUACAGGUUGUUCAAUAAUAGUUAGAUAAAGAAUGUGAUGCCUGUUUCUUUGUGUGCCAGUUGAUUCCUUUUAAUGAAGCUAUUCAUGCCUAAAUUAUAUACCUCAGAAAUAUUCUGUA